GAAGAGCUCAGAAUGUUUAAUUCGGAAGGGAGAUUCCCUCAGGAGUUUCCCAUAUUUACUAAUGGCCACCUCUUUAGGUCGUGCAAAAUGAAAGUGGACAUAUUUAAUAAAUAGAGGGUUCCUGGAGAAAUCUUCAGUUCGACUCCACUCGACUGAGAGGUGCGGAGACGGUAAUUAGAAGCCCCUCGGCUUAAACCUCACCAGUACCCCAGGCGUGCAAGAUGAAAAGAGCAGUUACUCUGACCAUCCUGGCCCUGCUUCUGUGUGCCGUAACUGCACAGGCACUUUCCUACAACAAAGUUCUGUCAAGCUGCAGCAAGAGACGCCCAAAUUGGAUUCCAAUCCCAGGAAUCCAGGGACGCUGUAAGUGUAUCCGGACUACUGCCAGUCAUUUUGAUCCAAAAUUAAUUCGCAGCAUAAAGUACAUUCCAAGAGGAUCUCACUGCAUGGCAAUAGAGAUAAUUGUUACCAUGAAAAAUGGGAAGAAAUUAUGCAUGAAUCCUAAGGCCCAAUGGAUGAAGAGUUUCAUUAAAGCCAUAAAAGCUAGCAGACUGCAGAACUGAGAUAUAUGAUCCCGAUGAAAAGGACUGAUUUCCACACAUACACCAUCUGAACUAUCGUGAAUAGUGCAACGGAAAAGCUUUGGGCAAUGUGCUACGUUAUUCAUGUUAACCUCCUAACAGCUUGCUCUAUCACUGUCUGUUUGAUUUUUUUUGAAAAUGUUUCCACCUCUCAAGCCUAUUGCUUUUGCAUCUUAGAAUUUUAAUUAUACAAAGAAAUCAAUUAAAAUGUGCAAUCAAAUAUGUUCUUGGUUGAGAGAUAAUGGGAACUGCAGAUGCUGGAGAUUCCAAGAUAAUAAAAUGUGAGGCUGGACGAACACAGCAGGCCAAGCAGCAUCUCAGGAGCACAAAA